AUGGCUGAUCCUAAAAGAGACCAUGGAUUCGUAUACAAUCAUCAAGGACGAGUAGAUGUGCUGAUAUCGCCCUUCUUCGACCUCAACUUGGAGAUCGAUCACAUUGUUGAUGACUAUGUCGACCAGAUCCUUUGCACUUUGGAAACUGACAUCGACGAGCACCAAAUCCCCGGACAGUGGCGACUUUGGGUGGGCCAUGGCAGUAAGGCUGCAGAGGAAAAACGUUUUUUCGACUAUCAUCUUGCUCCAUUCUACAGAAUUGAACAGCUUGUGUUAGCUACUGUUCCUGUUUCUAAAAAUGCCAUGGCUCCCAGCAUUGUAACUGAUCAAAACAUGAAAUUACUUUUUGAAAUACAAAAGAAGGUUGAUACAUUGCAUGCAAAUUAUUCUGGAAGCAUGGUAUCUCUUGCAGAUAUUUGCUUGAAACCUUUGGCUGAUGAUUGUGCUACGCAAAGUGUCCUUCAGUAUUUCAAAAUGAAUCAAAAGAGAUAUGAUGAUUAUGGUGGCGUACAACAUGCUGAAUAUUGUUUUGAGCAUUUUUCUUCAGAAGAAACAUGCAGAAGUGCUUUCCAAGCACCACUCGAUCCAGGCACAGUGCUAGGAGGAUUUUCUGGAAGCAACUACUCUGAUGCAUCGGCUUUCAUUAUUACAUAUCCUGUCAACAAUGAGGCUGGUGAUACUGGCAAUCAAAACGGGAAGGCUGUGGCUUGGGAGAGGGCUUUCAUUCGGUUAGUCAAGGAAGAGCUGGUGCCUUUGGUAGAACCACAAAACCUUACGCUUUCUUUUUCAUCAGAAAGCUCUAUCCAAGAUGAACUAGAAAGGGAAAGUUCUGCUGAUGUGGUAACCAUAUUGGUCAGUUAUCUUGUAAUGUUUGCUUACAUAUCAUUUGCGGUGGGUGAUUCUCCACAGUGGCCUUCUUUUUUAGUUACAUCUAAGGUAUUUCUUCCCCUCAGUUCAUGCCUGUGUUAAUACAUUUUUUAGUAUUAUUUUUUCCUUAAGUUACUGGCU